AGUUCUGCUUCUGUCGAAUCAGUGGUAUCAGCGGUAUAGUGGGAAAUCGGCUCACUUUACUCCUGCUGUUAUUGUUUUUUUAUUCCGCUGCUCUUUGAACAAUUAUUGCUGUUUUACACCGACUCAGGAACUAUUUUCUUCUCCGUUAAAGUAUGCAGAUCGUGCGGAUGAAUAGUAUCAUAUAGCUGUGGGUUGUAAUUGCAGCACUAUGCCGCUGGUGACUGGAGGAAGCGGUGUGUUUGAGGCGGUUCAAAGGGGAGAUGGUGAACAAGUGGCGCUGCUCGUUCAACAGGACCGGAGCAUCCUGAAACAAAGAGGUUGGGGUGGAUUUACUGCCCUCCAUUUUGCUGCUCUUCAUGGGAAUAGGCCAAUAGCUGAACUCCUCCUGAACAGCGGCGCAGACCCCAAUAUACCCUGUGAUGCCGGACAAACCCCCUUUCACUUUGCUUGCCGAAAUGGUAACAUCAGCAUCAUGCACAAAAUGAUGCAGCAUGGAGCAGACCUGCGCAUUGUAGAUCAGCAGGGAAAAACGUCACUGCAUCAUUCAGUUAGUGGAGGAAACAUUGUUGCCAUGCAGUACCUCUGGGAGACGACAAUGUUCCAAUUCUCAGAUGCUGAUAACUUCUUGAUCACGCCACUUCACAUGGCAGCAUCCACUGGCAAUACAGAUGUGGUCCGGUAUCUGCUCCGAGAAAAUAGAUGUUCAGCAGAUGCAGUUGACCACCAGGGGGCAACAGCGUUGCACGUGGCUGCUGAGAAAGGCGCAAUUGAAGUAUGCUGGCUACUACUACGCAGCACCGGACUCCACAUUUUACACAUGAAAAACCAUGCUGGCCUCACACCUUUAGACCUCUGCAGUCGUGGAACAACUUUUAGGCAUCAGCAGCUCACCAAAAUGUUAAAGCAGUUCAUCAAUAAACCAAAGGAUCAAAAACCCAGAGAAUCAUAUGAAAUGUACUACUGGACACUUCUUCUGCCAAGUGUCACUGGGGCAGUGGUGCUGCUCAUAGCUGCAGCCCUUGGAGAAAAAGGAGGUGUGCUCUGUGGUUUGUUGUUUCCCUUGCUGGCAAAAGUCACCUUGUCUCAAUACCACAGAAUGAGUGACUAUCAGAGGUUACCAAAUCCCAUCUAUCUUGGAACUUUGACUGCAGCCAUAAUUCAUACCAUAAUAUGCUUUUACUAUAGAAUUCUGCCUGAUAUUUGGCCAGCUUAUACUGUCUUAAAUGUUUCAGUACUACACUUCUCUGUGGUUCUCUGGCUUUUCUGGAAGCUUCUAACCCAGCAUCCAGGCCGAUUGAAGGCAGCUGAUGCAGAUCCUACAAUCUCCAGCAUAGCAGACUUGGUAGAGUCUAACCAGAAUCCCAGUCGCUUCUGUAUUUACUGUGAGCUGUUCCAAGUGGCCAACUGCAAGCACUGUCGUCUGUGUGACCUUUGUGUCAUGGAUUACGAUCACCACUGCCUUUUCCUAAACCGCUGUGUGGGCCAGAACAACCACCGUGUCUUUUUACUCUUCGUCCUGGCCAUGAUAGUGGCUCAGCUCUUUUUCGUGAGCACUGCUGGAUAUUACCUUCAUUGGAGGUCAGAAGUGGAGAAGAGCUUGAGCUGGAGCUCAGUAGCAAUGAGAGAAGCCUGGGUGCUCCUGCUUCUCAUCAUCAAUGCGCUCGCUAUCCUGUGGGAGACUUGGCUGCUCUCUGAGCAGUUUAAUGCCAUCUCUACUGGAACCACCACAUACUUCAGACAGGGUCACCAUAAGAAGUCAUCCUGGAGCAAGUGCGUGGUUACAGUUCUUUUGUUUUUAAUUGAAGGGAAGAAUUUUAGGAGUCAAAAUCAAAAUGCUGUAGAUAUUUAGAUGUAAAACAAUUUACUUGUUGCUUUUACAAUAACAAAUUAUUAGUUAAUUAAGACUGAUGAACAACUGUUGUUACUUGAAAUUGGUUUUAAUUGGUGCACAGUUUUUAUUUAUUUUUUUUGGAUGCGCAUCACUGUGCUUCCUACAGAGGAAAUAUUUCAUAGGUAAACCACUGUUGUUUUCAUGAUUAGUUUUCACUGAACCGCUUUAUUUACACUGUUCAUACACUUUUUGGUAUUUUUAAUAUAAUAUAUAAUAAAUAUCCUUGAUGAUGUGAUCAUUUUGAAGGCUCAGGAUGGAAUUAGAUAUGCUGAGCUUAUACAUGUAGUCAAUGGCAGCUUAUCUGGUCUAACCACCAUAUUAGGUUCACUUCGUAAGUAAAAAAAAAAAAAAAAAAAAGCAAACAGCUAUGCAGUUUUUCAGCCAAACUCUUUCCAUCGCUGGGAAGAGAUCAUCAAUGAUCAGACAUUAUUUGCAUGGGGUGGAUUUUCAGCAGUGACACUGACAUGGUCAGUAUACCUAUCAAAGUGGACACCUGAGUAUAUGUUAGGGGUGUAAUGCAAUGGCAUUCUCUGUAUCUGUUUAGUGCUACAAAUAUUUCAAUGUGCAUCAGUAUUUAGAUUUGUGGUCAUGGUCUAAACACUAAGGGCUUUUAUCUGUACCACUGGAAAAAAAAACAUAAACAGUGGUAGAAAUGUCAGCAGGUCAUAAAUAAAUAAAUGCUGUGAAUGCACAGCACAACACGAAAGCAAAAACCUCCCACCCAAGUGGCUUUUUGUUAUGUUCUGCAUCCACAUCAGUCUUAACUAGGUGCUGUGUGAACAAAUAGAUUGCCUCCUAUUUGUAUCUGUAUUUGUACACAUUAAUAAUAUUUUAGAUGUUAUUUUUGUUCAAUCUGAAUAAUGCAUUUGUAUUUGGUCACUUGUGUGUGUGUGUGUGUGUGUGUGUGCGCCAUAACAUUAAAAUCACUGACAAUUCUCAAAAUUUAUGUGUUGGAAGAAGGCAAAAAUUGAAAAUGGUCAAGCAUAACGAUCUGUGUGACUUUGCAAUGGGCUAAAUUGUGAUGUCUAGACAACUGGGUCAGAGCUUCUCCAAAACAGCAGGUCUUCUGGGGUGUUCCUGUUAUGCAGUGGUUAGUACCUACACAAGUGGUCCAGUGAAGGACAGGUAAGAGGGUCAUGGGCACUCAAAGCUUAGUGAUGCGCAUGAGGAGUGAAGGCUAGCUUGUCUGGUCAGAUCCCACAGAACCGCUACUGUAGCACAAAAGAAAAUGCUCAUGAGUAGUUUGAGGAACAUGGCAAAAUAUGAAGGUGUUGACUUGGCCUCCAAACUGACCACUGUAAUAUGAACACCUGUACACCUGCUUAAUCAUGUAAUUAUCCAGUAAACUAAUCACGUGGCAGCAGUGCAAUGCAUAAAAUCAAGCAUAUAGAGGUCAGGUUGAUGUUGAUGAGUCCCAAACAUCAGAAUGGGGAAAAAUGUGAUCUGGCUACACUACACCGCUACAGUGACCCAUAUAACUACUCUUUACAAUCAUGGUGAGCAGAAAAGCAAAACAGAUUGCACAACACGUGAAAUUUUUAGACAGAUGGGCUACAACAGCAGAAGAUCACAUUCACCUCCUUUCCUGUCAACCAAGAAAGGGAAGAGAAGGAGGCUACAGUGGGCACAGGCUCUGGACUAUCAUCUGUUUAGUUUUAGUAAAUUUGUUCUUAUUGUAGCCUCAGAUACCUGUUUCUGUUCCUGUAUAUAAAUACACAAAGUUCAUGUAUUAUACUGAAAAUUCAAACCCACCUCUCUUUGAAUAUUAAUAAAAUUAAUAUUAAACAUUAAUUUUUAAAACAAUAUAUAAUUUUGACCUGCCUAUCCUUAUAUCUAAUAAAUAGCUGAAUGAUGUGUACCAAUGUCAGGAUUAAUCUGAACAUAGGCAGCAUAUUCGAUUUAGCUGUCAAAUCUAAUAAGUCUUUUAAGUUGUUAAGAACAUGUUUUGCAGCACUGGAAAAAGACCUCUUGCAUUAGACACUAGUGUGCUCUGCCAGAGCGCUAAUAAUGCUUUUAAGCUGAGAUUUCAUCAUCAGUCAUCUGCAUAGUCUGUGUUUGCUCAGAUCCUAAUUUAUCAUUGAUUUUCUUGUGGUAAGGCCAGUCAGUAAAAGAACAUGAAUCUGCAGGGUUGAGAAAGAUGACCAUAGAUAAUUACAUUUUAUUACUCAGACACAGGCCUAGUCACAGUUGCAUCCACCCUUAUCCCUCCCUCUUUGUCUUGUCAGUGCAGAUUUCAGAGGAAAUGCAAUUUAGCUGCUAAUCUCCAAACGUGCAUCACAGGCUUUAGAGCAGUGGGUUUCAAUCAGCGGCCUAAGAUGGUAAAGCAGAGAAGCCAUCAAUGUAAUCAACUUUAAAAUAAUCAUAAAUAAUAUCUAAAAGUUUUAUUGCUAGUCAGAAAUUUGAAAUUUGUAGGUGAAUAGAGUCAGGAUAACAUUGUGGUACAGUUGCCACCUCAAAGCUGCAGUGUUCCUGUAGUGUAUUGGCUAAAUGUUAAAUGUGAGGCUCCUUUAAGAGGGUUAAUGAUGGUGAGAGGUGGGUUUUAGUUGUUCCUUCAGGAAGGGGGGUGUGUAUAUAAAACUUAUUGAAAAAGUGCUAACUGGUGUUGGUGUUUGAUUCGGUGAUUGUAUUAAUAAAAGGAUUUAAAAUCUACUGCUGUUUCCUCCUGCCUUCAGUAUUCCACAGUACCCAUUUCAAUACUGAACCUGGUUUACUGUCUGUUUGGACUUUCACAUGAUGUCCCCAUAUCUGUGUCAGUUUCCUAUGGGUU